UUGUUUUCAGUUGCUAAGUAUCUGUGUUCUUGUUUUCUUUCGAUGAUCAGCCCUGUUCUUUCAAAAAAUCCAUUACUUCAAGAGGUUAUACUAACUCAAGAUGCUUUAAGCAAUACAUCUAACUGSUUAAUUUUGUGGAAACAGCACUGAGUUUGUUAUUUUACGAGAGAAAUUCUCAAGUCUCUACUAUCAACGUUCAAGUCUGGAAGUUGAGCAUUUAACUUAAUAGUUCACGUUGGCAAAGAGAAUUGGAACAGUUCCAGUAUUUACUACAUUGAAAAUUAAGAAACACAAUGAAAUGCUGAAAAUCUGAACGUGAAAUAUCUAUCUGCUGUUGUUGCUACUCGAUUUGAUCAUGGAAUUCAAAUUCAACGUCAAUGAUAUUCUCCCUGAUCCAAUCUCUGUUGUGGAUGASAAGCUGUUGCCUUUCGCUAGAAGACAGCGAUUUGAUAGGGUAACUCUUGCAUCAAAGCAAGCAGAUCUAAAGAAAAUAAUUGACCUCAUGGGAGAAGCCUCUACUAAGGCUCAGAACCUGAAAACUCCAAUAACUAGUGCUAUAAAACUAUUACAUUCAGAUCACAAACUCUACAUUUCUAAGGACCCUAAUGCUAACAAUGGUUUAGGUGCAGUUGUAGGAAUCAUCAAAAUUGGACACAAGAAGCUGUUUGUUCAGGAUUUCCAGGGUGUUCAAUAUGAAGUGAACCCUCUGUGCAUCCUGGAUUUCUAUGUCCAUGAAUCAAAACAAAGAACAGGCUGUGGGAAGACUCUUUUUGAUCACAUGCUCAAGAUGGAAGGUGUCAAUGUGGACCAGUUAGCAAUUGAUAAGCCAUCUCACAAGUUCCUGUCCUUCUUGARGAAGCAUUUUCACUUAGAUAAACCAAUUCCUCAAGUAAACAACUUUGUAAUAUAUGCAGGGUUUUUCCAUGACUUACAAGCUGUUGGUCUAGUUCCAAAGAGAGGUCAUCGUUUCAGCAGCCCCAGCUCUGGUCAAGCUCCUGUACAUCCAUACAAGAGACAAACUAAUGAAAAUAAUGAACACUUAAUAAACAAACGGCAAGCAAUGAACUGUCAAUCACCAUUAAACCAACCAUCAUCAAUACAACAAGAUGAAACCACAAUAGAGGUUGAACCAAUGGAAACAAGUUCGUCCUACUUGAGCUCGAGCGCAGCAAUUCCAACUAGCACCGACCGGACAUAUAAAGAUAUCAGUCUUCCCCCUAUUGUAUCCAGGCCACCAGGGAGACACUCCGCUUCUCGGGCACAGGUUGGACCAAGUGGGACAAGAUGGGUGUUGGAUAAUAGCCUUGCAGGGGGAGCAGCAACAUACAGUGCGUUUAACGCCGAACGAGGUCUGGCAGCACGCGCCACGGCCUACAGCCGCUACAAUCCCUCAAGAGAGAACUCGGCACCAGUUAUACGGACGAGUAGAGACUCGGCCAGGAGUAACUUGGACAACUUCGAUAGAAUUUCAAGUGGAGGACGGAAAAGAAAUCUCCAUCUGACGUCGGCUGGGAAUCCUUUGCAGACAGAGUCRUUUCAACGGCAAAARCCUGCUUUAAACAAAAAACAACCAACUGAAGUCAAGCCGCAAAUGGACGUGAAUUCAAACGAAUYAACGAACAGUUCUGUAAACCCAAAUUACCUAACGUCCACUGGAAAUUACUCUAUCUCACAGAUGUACAACAGUCUCUACGGACCACAAAGAUCGUUAGGGACUGGGUGGAACGUAUUUGGCGUUCCUACGGGAACUGGAAUGUUACAAACAAGAAGAAACAGUUCUAGAACAUUCCCAUACUAGUCUAAAUGAGUGGUAAUCAGUCUUAUAUAUUAUAAAAACAAUUUUAUGUAAAAUAAAGGACAAACUGUUAAAAACUGAUAAAAGGAAAACAUGACCCUACUUGAAUAAAAAUUCGGAAACGUU